AUGAUGAAGCUUCAAACCUCGACUGCAAUGCGCGGCUCAGCGAUCGACAACAAGCGCCAGACCCACAGUGCCACAGCGAAUGGUUCAUGUCAUGCGUGCGCACCGCCACUCGCCGCUCGCAGCCAUGAAGUCAUCGGCGUUAUUCUCAGCAACGCUGGUGUCUCUGGCCGGUGCAGUCAGCCUGGUGCCACGCGAAGCACCGUCCAGCAGACGCUUGACAACCUCGAAACGCUUUACUACGCCAACGCAAGCUUAGGCACGCCGCCGCAACAGUUUCGCCUGCACAUUGACACUGGCAGCAGUGAUCUCUGGGUCAACGCCAAAAACUCGCCGCUCUGUCAGCAAGGCGGCAACCAGUGUGGAGAGUCGGGCAUGUACCACGCCAACGACUCGUCGACAUACAAAUACGUCAAUGGUGUGUUCAACAUUAGCUACGUCGAUGGCUCUGGCGCGUCGGGCGACUACGCGACAGACGAUUUCCGCUUCGGCGGUCAGACAGUAGAAGACCUGCAGUUUGGCAUUGGCUACGAGUCCACCUCCCCCGAGGGCAUUCUUGGUAUCGGCUACACCAUCAACGAGGUCGCAGUUGGUCGCGGAGGCCUCGAUCCAUACCCGAACUUGCCGCAGAAGCUGGUCGACGAUGGCAAAAUUACCACGAACGCCUACUCCCUCUGGCUCAACGAUCUCGAUGCCUCCACGGGAAGCAUUCUUUUUGGAGGCGUUGACACCGACAAGUUCCACGGCACACUGCAAACACUGCCAAUCAUUCCGGAGCGCGGCGAAUAUGCCGAGUUCAUCAUCGCUCUGACCGGUAUGGGUCAAAACGGUCAAAACACUUCCAUCUUCGCAAACCAGAACGUACCCGUCCUACUCGACUCUGGCUCGUCACUCAUGUACCUGCCCGAUGCAGUUGCACGUCAACUGUACCAAAAGUACAACGCGCGCUUUGAUCAGGCCCAGGGAGCCGCAUACGUAGACUGUGAUUUGGCCAACCAACAAGGUUCACUCGACUUCGUCUUCUCGGGCGUCCACAUCUCUGUUCCUUUGAAUGAGCUCGUUGUUGUUGCUGCAGUAUCCCGCGGUCAGCCCAUUUGCCUGCUCGGCGUUGGACCAGCGGGUAACUCGGUGGCUGUUCUCGGCGACACCUUCCUGCGAUCUGCCUACGUUGUCUACGACCUCGCCAACAAUGAGAUUUCGCUCGCACAGACAAAUUUCAACGCCACAACCGAAAACAUCCAGGAGAUCCAAAAGGGCUCGGAUGGCGUGCCCAACGCCACCGGUGUCCCAGAUGCCGUAUCAACAGCUGCAGUCGGCACCGGCGGCCCUCGGGUCAACGGUCCCAGCGUGACUGGCGGUCUUGGAGGCUCGACGGGCGCCGCAAUGCCCGCCGCGACUGCGAACCCAUGGCUCGGCGGUGCGGCCGUAAUCGGCGCUGGUGCGCUGCUGGGCUUCAACGGCUUCUGA